AUGAACCGCUUCUUCGGCAAAGCGAAGCCGAAGGCGCCUCCGCCCAGCCUCACCGACUGCAUCGGGACGGUGGAUAGCAGAGCUGAGUCCAUUGACAAGAAAAUCGCUAGGCUUGAUGCAGAACUAGUGAAGUAUAAGGAUCAAAUGAAGAAGAUGAGAGAGGGGCCUGCAAAGAAUACAGUAAAGCAGAAAGCAUUGAGAGUGUUAAAGCAGAAGCGAAUGUAUGAACAACAGAGGGAUAAUCUAUCACAGCAGUCUUUUAAUAUGGAACAAGCUAAUUACACUAUUCAGGCACUGAAGGAUACAAAGACAACGGUUGAUGCAAUGAAACUGGGGGUGAAAGAAAUGAAGAAAGCUUACAAGCAAGUCAAAAUUGAUCAAAUUGAGGACAUACAAGAUCAGUUAGAGGAUAUGAUGGAAGAAGCCAAUGAAGUCCAGGAGGCACUGAGUCGUAGCUAUGGAACACCGGAGAUUGAUGAAGAUGACUUGGAAGCAGAACUGGAUGCGUUAGGUGAUGAGCUUUUAGCUGAUGAAGACAAUUCCUACUUAGAUGAAGCCGCAUCUGCUCCCGCAAUUCCAGAGGUCACUCCUACUGACACGAAAAACAAAGAUGGUGUAUUGGUGGAUGAGUUUGGAUUGCCAAAGAUCCCUGCAACAUAAAUGUUUCAAAAGCACAAUGGAUAUAAUGAACUACACUUUACAAAUCAAAUUAAGAUUUUUUUUUUUUUUUUUUUUUUUAAAUCCUGGAGAACUUGUCCUUCCAGUGUAACCUUAAUAUCACUACAUCCUAGAAUGCAGUA